AUGGCCCUUCAAUUUUUGGCGUUAGCGUCAUUCGUCUAUGGCCUGCUGGGUCCUCAAGUUAAGUUGUCCGACGGAGACACCAUCACCGGUAACUACGAUACUCUUAACCUUGAAUCUUACUUGGGUAUUUCUUAUGCCGCUCCUCCCGUAGGAUCCUUGAGAUUCAAGCCGCCCCAGCCAUUUGCCGGGAGCUUGAACGGUUUCAAUGCUCUGACUUACGGUCCGUCGUGCUUUCAGAUGAACAUGGAAGCGGGACUCACCAAUUCCUUGCAAGGUGCGGCUUUGGGCUUAGUGAUGCAAUCCCCAUUAUUCAACGCGAUCGUCUCUCAAUCCGAAGAUUGCUUGACCCUCAAUGUGUACAGGAAGAGAGGUCUCUCCUCUACCGCCAAGUUGCCGGUGAUGUUCUGGAUCUACGGUGGUGGGUUCGAAAUCGGUGGUACCACCACCUACCCGCCAGAACAACUUAUGGCGCAAGGGGCCCUUCAGGGCCAAGAUUUUAUCUAUGUCUCUGUCAACUACAGACUUGGUGCCUUUGGGUUCUUGGGAGGGCUGGAGAUAAAGGCUGAGGGCAGUGGUAACGCGGGAUUUUUGGACCAGAGACUUGGUUUACAAUGGGUUGCCGAUAACAUUGCUUCGUUCGGCGGUGACCCAAGCAAGGUCACCAUCUUCGGUGAAUCAGCUGGCUCGAUGUCGGUAGCCCACCACCUUAUUGCAAACAGUGGUGACAACACUUAUAAGGGGGAGCCAUUGUUCAGAGCUGCUAUCAUGCAGCCCGGAUCUGUUCUUCCAUCUCUAGAAAUUGAUUCGGCAUACCCACAACUCAUCUUCGACACUGUUGCUGAUGCUGCUGGCUGUGAUGCUGCCUCCGACAAGUUAGAGUGCUUGAGAAACGUUCCAUAUGACACAAUGGCGGUUGCAAGUAACUCUGUUCCUGGUAUGCUCGGUUAUGCGUCCUUGAAGUUUUCCUACAUGCCAAGACCGGAUGGUGGUAUUAUUUCCUACCUGCCGGCACAGAUGGUUACGGACGGAAAGUACGCGAGAGUACCAUACAUUAUCGGUGACCAGAACGAUGGGGGGACUAUUUUCACCCUCGGUAGCUUGAACGUGACCACUGAGGCUGAGGUGAGAACAUAUGUCGACUAUUUGUUCCCCGAAGUUUCUUCCUCCCAGUUAGAUCAGUUGUUGACUUUAUACUCACAGGAUAUCACUCAGGGUUCUCCUUUCGGGUCUGGUACUUCGAAUGCGUUGACACCUCAGUAUAAGAGAAUUUCAGCUUUAAUCGGCGAUAUCUUUUCCCAAGCCCCGAGAAGAUUUAUGUUAAACAGCACUUCAGACGUUACCAGAUACACCUAUAACUCCCAACAAUUAACGGGCACCGCAGUUGUCGGCACGUUCCACGCCAAUGACCUCAUCGAUCAAUACGACGUUACUGGUUCUGGGUCCUUGGUCUACCGUAAUGCGUUUAUUGCGUUUGCCAAUACCUUGAAUCCUAAUAGCGGUGGGCUGUAUACCUUGACCAACUGGCCACAGUACCAGAACACCAAUACUCUUGCCAACAACAUGAUGGGUAUUAGUACUGUGGGUCUUUCCACCGGACAAGACAACUACAGGCAGGCAGCUAUAAGCUUCCUCAACGAUAACUACCAAGCCUUUUCUUUCUAA